CGCCGGACCCCCGCUGCCCCCUCAGGGCAGCGCUGGCGUGGGCCGCCCCGGCUGACCUCGGCCGGGCUGUGCGAGGCUGGAGGCUCCUCAAAGUGUCGCGCCGAGGGCGAAGCACUCCAGGGAGCUGCGUUUCCCCAGGGAUGGGGCUCGGCACAGUGAAGCUUCAGAGGCCCUCGGCAAGGGAGCAGCCCAUCUAAGGAAGACAGCAAGGGGUUGUGGUCUGACCCGAACAGCCGGCAGGGCAAUGAAGCUGAACGAGCGGAGCGUGGCCCACUACGCCACCUGCGACUCGCCCGCCGACCAUGCUGGCUUCCUCCGCAAGCGCGUGGAGCGGCACCACCACCAUGCCCACCACCAUCACGCCACCUCCUACCAGCGCCGCUGGUUCAUCCUCAAGGGCAACCUCCUCUUCUACUUUGAGGAGCGGGAGAGCCGGGAGCCUGUGGGGCUGGUGGUUCUGGAGGGCUGCACUGUGGAGCUGUGCGAGGCUACUGAGGAGUUCGCCUUUGCCAUCCGCUUUGACGACGCCGGUGCCAGGGCUUACGUGCUGGUGGCUGACGGGCAGGCUGCCAUGGAGGCCUGGGUGAAGGCGCUCUCACGGGCCAGUUUCGACUACAUGCGGCUGGUGGUGAGGGAGCUGGAGAAGCAGCUGGAGGAGGCCUGCAAGAGCUUGGCCGCUUGCCGUAAGUCUCCACGGAGGUCCUCCUCCUCUGGGAGGAAGAGGCACCUCUCCAACCCUGCCUUGCUGCCUCUCCAGGAGAAGCCUGCCAUCCUGGAGAACGGUUACUCCACGUGGGGUAGUGGUGGUGGCGUCCCUGGGGAGGCCACCUGCCCUGACCGUGACGGAGCGCACGUUAAGCCCCCGCCCCUGCCUCCACGCCGACGCUCUGCCGCCAGCAGUGCCACGGGGUCCCCAGUGCCUGGCCUCUCGCCAGCCAUGCCAGAGAGCCCGGUGUCACCAGAGACAGCCUGCUUCUCCAAGCUGCACAGCUGGUAUGGGCAGGAGAUUGCAGCGCUGAGACAGGAGUGGCAGGAGAGGCAGAAGAGGGGACACCCAUGACCAGGGGGUGUGAGCCACCAGCCAGUCGAUGCCCGGCAGCCUGUCUCCCACACGGGAAGAGCAAAGCAGGAGACGCUGCUUGCCCCUGCCCUGGUCAGUGGCCAAGUGUGAGGUGCGUGUGUGCUUCACAGGGCCCAUGGGAAAAACCUGUGUCUUCCCCAAACCUCAUGUUUCAUUUCUGUGAGGCUUUAUACAACAGGAGACUGUGUAAUAUCAGGAAAGCCGUCUUUGAACUCUCCUCUGCUGGUGAUACGAGGUGUGGAGGGGGCCCAAGCUGGCACAUACGAAAUGAAUCUCACCCAGCAGGCUUGGUCCCUUGCCGUCUUGGCGUGGUGGAUGCUCUGGCUGCUUUAUUGCCCACCUCUCCUUCACCACUUUUUUUUUGGUUUUGUUUCUCAGCGUGGAAGUUUGCACAGGUCAGUGUUUAUUAUUGUCUGUGGACUUGUGCCGAAGUACUUACCCUUUGCUCCUUCAGUGCAGGUAAGGCUGUGCUCUUAUGAAAUGACUCCAACAGGCCACUGGCGGGGGGCUACAGCCUUGUGCCUCUCUUGUCACAGAACACAAAGUGAACCACCACGGCUGUGGCUGGCCCAGCAGCCGGGGCAACAAGGACCAGGCUUUUGUGUCAUUGUUUUUUUUUUUCUUUGAUCUUCGUUAACCCUCCUCCCUGCUAAAUCCCUCAGGAUGUGGAUUUCACCGUCUCUUCGGCUGCCUGAGCUCAGCAGCCCGGCUGAAAUGGAGACACCGAGCCUGGUCUGAAGCAACAGCAAGGACCAGGAGCUUCCCAGGGCUGAUCUGGACUCUGUCAAAUGGUAGCCAAGCCUGUUAAUAUCUCCAGCUCAAGCCUUCCCUGUUCCAAAACAGGGAUGCUAAAACCUUGUUGUCUGGCCAGGGUUGAAUUUCUCAGCUCUGCGCAGACUGUAGCUCCUGCAAAGUGCCAUAUAGGGCUCAGGCAACUCAUUGGGCAGCUUGACAGCGCCCAGAACCACACUCUUGCAGGGCCUCUCUUGCUAUUGUGGCUCUGCCCAGGUCCUGGCAGAGCUGCGCAGUCAGAGGAGAGGCUGUGGAGGAGCAGGGAGAAGGAGAGGGCUGGUCGCAGGAGAAGUGAAGGUGUGGGAGUGAAUUACAGGUAGCACUGAUUGCACGUCAGCAAUGUCUGGGCUUGCCUCUCAAGCGUCAAAGCCAUACUGCUGCUUUCUACCAAAGCCAGCACCUGACCUGCUGGUGCCUUCCUCCCAUUUCACAUCAGCAUCACUCAGCUGAUCUCUGUAGCAGGUCCCACCCUCCCAGCGGGCAAGGAGGGCUGUGGGGAGGCAUGCCUGUCGCCUUGCUACAGAAACGGACUUGUCCUUCAGUAGGUCAGAAGCCUUGGCCAUGAGGCAAAAGGUACAAGUAGGUGGGUGCUGAGUCCAGGGACUGGAACACCCUGGAGGUGGGGUUUAUAAAUUUUUUCUCUUAUCCUCUUGGCAAGGGCUGUUUUUCAGAGCAGAAAAAAAUACGUGAAGCAGUCUUGUGCUUCCUAUCUAACUGUUAAAAUUGUUCUAUUGAGAAACCUUGCUAAGAAGGCAAGAGGCCAUUCCAGGUCAUGACUGGUAGGAACCUAUUUGCCUUUCUGGAGUUAAACACAUUGUUUAAUACUUUGCAAUAGCCAGUAGAGAUAGCCAAUGCAGAAAUCAAAUGACUUCUGUUAACUUUUGGUGCCUUUGAAAAUGUAUCUCUGGUAGUUUUGGAUGAUGGGCUUCCAGCCUCCUGCCUAAUUAUGGCUUGAUGGUAUAUUAGAGGAAGUCGGAUCUUAAAUCAGACCUUACAAAUAUGACUUUGAGCAGUGGGAGUGUAACUUUCACAUACAAGUUAAUCCAGAAUCACAGAAUCAUUCAGGUUGGAAAAGACCCUUGGGAUCAUCGAGUCCAACCAUCAGCCCUGCUCUGCAAAGUUCUCCCCUACACCAUAUC